AUCAACACGAAUCGCGUAUAAAAACUCUACGACCGCAGUAUUGGCAGUUUAGUCGUUGUUCUGUCGUGCGCGUUGUCACAUUUGUGUGCUGCCAUAAUUAGCAAAUUUAUAGUCAUUUUAAGUGGGGAAAACCGAAAAUAUGAAACAUUUUGUUGGAUGCGCAAUUGUUGUUGUGGCGGCUGUAUUUGCCACCGCAUCAGCUGAAGCCGAUGCUGGUUAUUUCAUUCCGAAAGCUUUCUACACACUCGAUGCUGAGGGCCAUAAGACACAGCCACACCCUCUGAGUCCAGAUACUACCCAAUAUUUGCGUCGCUUGCGUCGUCAAGUUUUCAGUUCGUCAUCAUCUUCGGCUUCAUCAUCGGUAUCGUCCAGCAAUGGCGGUCCUGUUGUAUUUAGCACUCAGAAUACUGUAUCGCACACACCAGCUGGCAUCACAAGCUUCUCCAGUCGCUUUGGUGAUGAUGGCUCUGCAUCAACCUCCGCGCAUAGCUCAUCAAGCGUGGGUGCUAAUGUGAAUGGCGCUGGAUAUGGUGGCAGCUAUGCUGGCGUUCAGUAUCCCACUGCCGGCAGUAGUUACGGCGUUAAUACUGUUGGAUUGGGCACAGGCGCAUAUAAUAAUUACAAUACUGGCUCAGCCUCAUCGGUGCCACUUGCCAGCAGAUUUGGUACAUCGUCCUCGUCAAGUUCAUCGGUCUCUUCCAACGGUGGUCCGGUAUACUUCAAAACUGAACAAUCAGUAUCUCAUACGCCCACUUCUAACAUAAACUUGGCCAGCCGUUUCGGUGAGGAGACGCCACAGACAGUGAGCAAAACCGUCUCCACCAGCGGUUAUAUCGACGAGACAGGCGUUCAUUCUAAAACCACCACAACAAAUCAUUAAGUUAGUUUACUUGUAAUUAAAUUUGUAUUGAGUAUUUUGUCUUUUACUUAUAAUAGAAAGAUUGCUCGCAAUAAAAAUAUUUAUUGUAGAAGAA